CUCGGUACGGACUCCUGCUAGAAAAACAGCAGAUUGGCAAGAGUUCUCCGACACCACGUGAAGACUUGAGGAUGAGGCGUUCUUCACCCGAGUUUUAUCGCAUCUCCAUAUCGCUAACACAAAGUGUGUCACGCUGCCUUGUUUGUGGACAGUACGAUCGCACACUAGGAGAAGCAACCCAUUCCGCUCUGAAGACCAUCCAAGAUGGGUUCGGCGAAGGAUCAUCACAAGCCUUCCGCAGCGAACUACAGAGAAGUUCCAACUGCGGCGCAAGAAAAAGGUGGCGCCGAAGACGGUGAUUACCUGUGCGGUAUCGGCAACUACAGGCCGUCAUGGAUGCAACGGUUUGCCACCUCGAAGUACUACGCCCUCAUAUUCGGUGUGCUGGGACUGUUCCAGGGUGCUUACAGGACGUACCUGGUGGGAACGCUGUCCACGGUGGAGAAGCGUUUUUCCAUGUCCAGCGGGAUGUCCAGCAUCAUCAUGAUUGCAGAUGACAUCAGUCCAAUUAUAGGAGGGUUCGUACUGGUGCUCUUCAUGCACAGAACCAGUAAGCCCAACUGGGUGGCAGGUGGUAUGCUGAUGACCCUUUUGGGAACCGUGUCCAGCGCCUUGCCGUAUUCGGUGUACGGUGUAGGCACGCAUCUCUUGGGAAAACCAGGGGAGUCGAGGACGCUGAAGAUGCCUUUGUGCAACGAUGAAGGUUCGGGGAGUGACUUGUGCGAGCAGGACAGCGACGACGGGAUGUCGUCCGGUCCUUUAGUGUUCUUGUUCCUCGGGAACUUCUUGAACGGGUUGGGAGGCAUGGCGUACUAUGUGAUCGGCACGGCGUACAUGGAUGAUAACGUCAAGAAGAAGAACAGCGCGUUGUAUUUCGGUGCUGUGUACGGCUGCAGACUCUUGGGACCAGUGAUGGGAUUCUUCGUCUCCUCCCUGUGCUUGAGCUACUACGAAAACCCUUUCGAGGACCCGGGAAUCUCUGCCGAGGAUCCCAGAUGGGUGGGAGCCUGGUGGAUCGGGUACAUCGUCAUCGGGGUUGGAAUAUUCCUCAGCUGCCUGCCCAUGUUCUUAUUUCCCAAGAAGAUAAGAUCGAAGGCCGAAGCAAAUAAGCAGGAGGAUCUGAAAGAUUCCAGCAUGAAAGCACAAAUUAAAGAAACGGCCCAAGUGUUGCAGAGGCUUGCCAAAAACCCCAUCUACAUCUUCCGAACUCUGGGAAAUAUUGUCGGAUACAUCGCACUGGCGGGAUACUACAUUUCAUUCCCAAAGUACACAGAGCACCAGUUUCAACAGACAGCUUCGAGGGCCAGCUUGUUCGCAGGUCCAACGUACAUAGUUUCCAACAUGAUAGGUACCGUAGUGGGAUCGCUGUUCAUCCACAAGGUCCAGCCAAGGCCCAGGGUCGUGGCUGGUGCCGGUGUUGCCGUGAGUGUGGUCGCCAUGAUCGGAAUUAUGUCGUUGCUGGCUGUCAGUUGCGGGUCGAUCAAGUUUCCUCUCCGAAACAACGAUCAGAAUCGUCUGACCAUCAACAACGAAUGCAGCAACAGUUGUGCCUGUUCUACGAGUAUCCACCAACCCGUGUGCGACAGGGCCACCGGAACGCAAUAUUUCUCAGCCUGCUUCGCCGGUUGCGAUGCCCCAACAAACAACCAGACGGAGUACCCAAACUGUCGAUGUCUGACAUCGGAGACGACGACAUUCGUUGAAGGACCCGUUGCGAGUGGGAAAUGCGAGCAGGACUGCUUCGACGCAAUGAUGGUUUUCUCGGCCGUAGUCUUCUUCAUUCAAACCGUUCUGUCUACCAUGCACGUUGGUGGCACACUGUUAUUAUUGAGGUCAAUAGCUCCCACAGACAAAAGCCUAGCGCUCACCAUCCUUUCAGUCGUCAUGAACCUGCUAGCGUUCAUCCCUUACCCCCUCAUCUACGGAGCCCUCCUCGACGCGUCCUGUGCCGUGUGGGAAGACCGUUGUGGCGAUCGCGGCACCUGCUGGAUCUACGACCUCGGCCUCCUUCGAAACCUCAUCCACGGUGUCACUACGGGUCUUCUAGCCGUGAGCUGCUGCUUCCACAUCCUCGUCUGGUACUACAGCAAACGAAUCACCAACUUCUACGAUGACGAAGGAGAAGAAGAAGAGAAAGAGACAGAUGAAGAUGCCGUCGUCGAACUCAACCAGGUGGAAUAUCCAGAGGGUCAUCCACCCCAUGGGCGAACCAGGACGACGAGCGUGGAAAGUUGGGAGUUCCAGAACUUUAACAAAAUGGCAAACGUGUCAGAUCCUCACUAAUGGGUUCGGACAAUGGUUUGUGUGUGGGUGCUUGUACAGUGGAUGUACUGAAUUCCAGGGCAGAGUACCGUAAUGUGUAUAAUGAUGCAAUGCUAAUGUGGCAGGGAGCAGGUUUUGAGGAUUAUGAUCGACAGCAGUUAUGAUGGCGACUUCUGCCGCAGAGACGCGCGAGAGACGCUGCCGAAAUCAUCAAGGAAUGUAACUUGUGGGACUACCUAGUCAUCGACCUUGGAUAACUACCAAGUCCCUAGUUAGGUGAAGCCUAUAAGUCAUCAAUGACUUGUGGAAGCUGCAAAUAAUCGACCUUAGGGGUACUACUCAGGCACGUAGCAAAGAAGACUAUCACGUCAACUACGUAUGACAAUCACUAGGUCGUCUUGCUGGGUAACUAGCGAGUCAACACUUUGCCUGCUGUCAACGAAGAAAACAAAGGACCGAUGUGGCACCAUUUCAUAAGGUAACAGUCUUAGUUGUGUACAGGCCAGAAGAUACGAAGAGCUACAUUGCUAUAAACACAAGAUGGCAAUUACAGAUUCAAAUUGAGUGACGACUUCGGAUGGCCACUACAGACUCCGAAAGGCAAGAGCUGCUAGUAGGGUACUCCGGAUGAAUGUCACGCAGUUGCUCCUUGACAUCUGUCCUGGAUGCAAGCUGAAAGAAGCGUUUUUCGGCGAUCGUCAGCACUAGUAAGAUGCCGCGCAACGUGAACUGUACAGCAUGAAAUACAGAGGAUGCUGGAGAACAUGAUGUGCGCAGUGCAGUGGGAAAAGAGCCCAUGUGGUCCGUCUGUACCAACCAGCUGCGUAGAACAAAUGGCCAUAUUUGUACCCUUCGAGAUCGAAGUGCUGACCUGUCAGUUUUCUCGUGUUUCUAAUUUUAACUCUGUGGCAUGCUACUUGAAAGACUCCCACAUGUACAGGUGAACGCCAUAUCUGCCUUCUUGUACCUUGCGUUUAUUAAACUGCGAGUUAAUGCUA